UUCUUUCCGAUCAGACAACCAAACCAAGUUCGGCUACGAUGUGCAGAAUGCUUACACAUUCAAUUGUCGUGCUAACGAUAGUAAGCAUAGCUUUGGGGCAACAUUUUUUAGAACAACCUCCUAUAAAUUACUCCGAAGGAAAGAGCUUUGAUGAUUGUGAGAUACGUUUCAUUACGAGCUACGAUCAACAUGAGAGCGAGAGAAAAUUACAUAGCUGGGUAACGAAUAUAGAGGUUAUGGAUCUCACUGUAGCGUACGGUGGAGUUCGAGCCUAUAAGGGAGAGUUUCAACAUAUGGCCGCGAUCGGUUGGACCAGAUCAGGAGCCACGAUCGAUUACCUUUGUGGGGGCAGUUUAAUAACUUGGAGAUUCGUUUUAACAGCCGCACAUUGUUCACAAGACUUGAACAUCCUUCCACCGGAUACAGUACGAUUAGGAGACACAGAUCUCGCUAGCACGGAUGAUGACGAAUCAGCACAACAAAUUCCGAUCGCACGCUUCAUCAAGCAUCCGCAGUAUCGAGAGUCGAGAAGGUACUACGACAUUGCCGUUGUAGAACUUGAGAAAAACGUUAUACCAAACAGUGCCAUUUGUGUAGCGUGUGUGUGGCGUGAACCUGAGGCUCCGGAAGACCUAAUGGAUGCAGUGGGUUUCGGUGCUCUUGGGUUUGCAAAAGAGUUGAGCUCAACUCUGCAGAAGGUGCAGCUUCACGCGCUAGACGCGUCAAUAUGUGCUGACCGUUUACCAACCAACCGACGUCAAAUGCCGGAAGGCUUGCGCGACGAUCAGUUGUGUGCGCAUAGUGAAACCAUGGACACAUGUGAAGGCGACUCAGGAGGCCCACUGCAAACGCUUCGGUACGAUUUGCUCGGUAACAUCUUUUCAUUAGUAGUAGGUGUGGUAUCGUUUGGAACUCCCUGUGUAGAGGGUUCUACUGGAGUGUACACGAGAGUCAGCUCGUACCUAGAUUGGAUUGAGAAGGAAGUAAAUCAGUCGCUUAGCUACGAGGUUUGCACCGCGGUGAACGUUUGCGAUCGUAAAUUCAACCGAUCUGUAGCUGUUUUGGCUGAGCCGAAAUGGACAAACAGUCGCGUUGGACUGUUGUGGAGGGAAACCGAAACAGAUAUCUAUCAGUGUGGUGGACUCCUGAUCGACUACAACUUUGUUAUCACAUCGGCGGACUGUGUAUCCUCUAGCAAAGGACCUCCAACAUACGUAGCCUCUAGCUCUAACAGUGAUCGUGCUGCUAUAGAAGAAGUGUUUGUUCAUCCACGGUUCACAAAGGGACAACCAUACUUCGAUAUCGCCAUUAUAAAGCUACGAAAGUAUGCAAAUUUAGAUGAAAUGUAUCCGAUCUGCCCAUGGAAAGAGCAAAAGCAUGGUGAUUGGAGACAAGUCAUCCUUCUGGCAGGAGCAACUUUCUUGCAUAGACAAAGUUACGUGACGGUAUUCAAUAUAAGUACGAAAGGCUUUGGGCAAUACUAUGCUCAUGGUAAAGACUGCAGUGUAGGGGAAAAUGUUGCUGACAACGAUCUCAACUGCAUCAGUAAGAGUGAUGCCUUUAUACCAGGAUUGUGUCAGGUUGACUAUGGAGGUCCAGUAAUGACGAAAUAUGCUGACAAACAGUUUAAGGUACAUGGUAUUGUGUCUCGUAUGACGCAAGGUUGUGAAGGCAAUAUGAUCUUCACCAGUUUGACAUCCCAUCGGCUAUGGUUGGAAUCGAUCGUCUUUAAACAGUUGCAUGAGAGGCUUGUAUUUAGUGAUAAGUAAAGGUCAAACAAUUCGACAGCAUAAGCUAAACUGUAAAAAAUGUUCUUUGUAAGGGACACGUCGUGACAAUAUCGUAAUCUUCCUAAUUGCACAAUUCAACCACUUGAAUGCUAGAAACGAUAGCCCCUUUCAGCAAAUGAAAUCUUUUAAGCAUCGAUGAACGUUUUCAAAUAAAAUAUUAUAAUGCUUAUAAUGCUCGAAUAGCGCCGAUGCCACUCCAGUCUAUCUUCAACAUUAUCGUAAAAGGGGGAUGCUCUGCACCCAUAUAAAGUCAAGGACACAGCAAAAUAGACAGAGGAAACUGCAAUUUAGUAGCGUGGCCCUAAACUACAUAUUUAGUGUAUUUUACAGCAGGAGACCCAACACUACAGCCAGCGAGCCACACGGCCAUCGAGAGCGCAUUACAGGCUCAAAGAUUUUUUUAAAGAAUGAAAUAAAUCGUCUUUCGUUUUGACCAUUUUAAUCAAAAAAAAUUUUUUUGCUAAGACGUAAAAGCAAGCUACAAUAAUAUAAUGUUGGAGCAAUUUGGA